AUGACGGGGAAAGAGGGAGUUGUGCUCUCAGAUACUGAGAAUAAACAGAAGUCAAGCUCACACAACAGCGUGAACCACGGGGGAUCCCAGCCGCCGCCUCCAGUCUGGAAGAUGGCCCCCACGGUGCACCGGCGCACCGGCUUUGGGAUCCAGGAGCUGCUCGGCCUCAACAAGGACCCGCCGGCGGUUGCGCAGCGGCGGCCGCUGGAGGUUCUCCCGCACAGUGCGCACGUCCUGGCUGCAAGGUCCCUCGGACACGGGGGUCUCGGGGUCGGCAUGGGUUUGCUGGGACCAGAGGGAAUACACUCGUUUUACAGCCAGCCUGCUUUUCUGGAAGUGCUUGCAGAGGCGCAAAAUGUGCACCUGCAGCCGCUGCACAGAGCGGCGCACAUGGACUCUCAGAUGGAUGCGCAGCACUCCGCCAGUUCCGAUUCCGAUGACAUGAGUCUUUCCUCCGGUGAUCAGAAGUUCUCUAAAUCCUCAGUGAGUCAGAGUAAGAAACGAAAGAAAAGACGACACAGAACCAUUUUCACAUCCUAUCAGCUGGAGGAACUGGAGAAAGCUUUUAAUGAUGCUCACUAUCCAGAUGUGUACGCCCGAGAAAUGCUCUCCAUGAAGACUGAGCUACCAGAGGACAGAAUACAGGUGUGGUUUCAGAACCGCAGGGCCAAGUGGAGGAAAAGGGAGAAGUGUUGGGGUCGCAGCAGCGUGAUGGCGGAGUACGGCCUGUAUGGAGCGAUGGUCCGUCACUCCAUCCCUCUGCCAGAGUCCAUCCUAAAGUCUGCCAAGGAGGGCGUCACUGACUCCUAUGCGCCGUGGUUAUUAGGUAUGCACAAGAAGUCAGUAGAAACCACACACACUUCUCCUGGAAAACUCUGCAGCCUGACGCCCCCACCACCACCACCACCCCCACUCCCAACACAGGAGAAACCAGCGGACAAAGUGAUGGAGGAACGAAUUAAAGACACUGCUAACUCAUCAAUUUCUAAGGAGGAAUUGAGGGAGAACAGUAUCGCUGCGCUGCGAGCGAAGGCACAGGAGCACAGUGCCAAGGUGCUCGGGACAGUUUCCGACAGAACAAACGCGACUCAUAAAGAGGAAGCUGAGGACGAGGCGACGGAGCAGGAAACGGCAGAGGUGUUGAAGUGUGACUGA